ACGAUCACACUAUAUGAACUAAUGAUACAACUAAUUAGUAAUUGGACCUUGUGUCAUACAUUUCAGAGAGAAAUUGUACUCAUAAUUUCAAAUCGGCCUCGCGCUGCACACUCGUCAAAAUUUGAAAUUGCUGGCCUGAUUACUCCCUGAAAAUUUGUAAUCCAAUCAGUCAAAUUACUAUUAAUAAUUACUAAAUAAAUCACACUCAAUUUGACUGUUUAAUUGUAAUUCUUUUACUCAAAUUAUAUUUUAAUCAUCUACUAUAAAAGUUAUUACUGUCAAACUUACUGUCAAAUAUUGAACACCAAUACAUACAAACAUAUUAUGUCUGGAAUGUUUAUUGUGUUAUAACCAGACACAAGUGGGUAAGCUCCAGAAACUAUAAUAUACACGUUGCUGGGGUUUUGGGGUAUAUUGAUACCUUAAGGCCUCAAAACUAUGCAUCCUGUAUUUUUGUGGACACACAGUGCAUGGUAUGCAAUAUCUUAAGGGGUAGCACAAGUUUUACUUACAAGUUUCUCUGUAACCAGGUGCCAUCUGAGGAGGCAGUUUUUGAAGCUGUGAUUUCUUGGAUCAAGCAGGAUAAAAAGAAGAGAAAGGAUAUGUUGCCUGGAAUGCUGAAAUUUGUUCGUUUGCCUCUUCUCACUCCACGGUACAUAACAGAUAUAGUCGACAGCGAGCAACUGAUAAGACAGAGCCUUGAUUGUAGAGACCUUGUAGAUGAAGCUAAGAGGUUCCAUUUAAGGCCUGAAUGCCGUUAUUCAAUGCAGAACUGUCGAACCAAGUCAAGGGUUGGCCUAUCUGAAGUCAUGUAUGUACUGGGAGGUUUUGGAAAUUUGCAAUCUCCUGUUGAUGUUGUUGAGAAGUAUGACCCUGCAACAAACCAGUGGUCUGUUAUACAGCCAAUGACAAGGAAACGACGCUAUCUAAGUUCAGUGGCCCUCAACAGUAGACUGUAUGCCAUUGGUGGCUAUGAUGCUUCAAGUCGUCUCAAUACUGUUGAGUGUUUUGAUCCGUCAACAGCCCAGUGGUCAGUUAUGACUCCAAUGUUACAGAGACGAGGCUUGGCUGGCGCAACAGCAUUAGCAGGAAAAAUAUUUGUAGCUGGAGGAUUUGAUGGUACAACAAGGCAUACCAGUGUUGAAUGCUAUGACCCAACAAUUGACAGAUGGACCCUUGUUAGUGAGAUGCAAGCCCCCAGAGAAGGAGCUGGCCUUGCUAACCUUGAUGGCAUACUGUAUUGUGUGGGUGGAUAUGAUGGAAACAGUAUUUUAAACAGUAUUGAGAGGUUUGAUCCCAGAACAGGACAGUGGACUGGUUUGGCCCCAAUGAGUACCAGGCGAUCAGGUGCUGGAAUAGUAGUUCUUGAUGGGCAGCUGUUUGCUGUUGGAGGCUAUGAUGGCACCCAACAUUUGUCGUCUGUGGAAUGUUACAGUCCAUGUAAUGAUCAGUGGAUGAGUAUUGCACAAAUGAAGUCAAACCGGUGCUAUGUAGGGACAGCUGUGAUGUGUGGCAAGCUGUUUGCAGUGGGUGGCUAUGAUGGUUUGUCACUGUUGGACACAUUUGAAAGCUAUGAUCCUUUAGUUCAGGAGUGGACACUAAUGCCUUCUAUGGCAACAAGUCGUUGUGACAUGGGUGUGGCUGUUCUGUUUGGACAGUGAAUAAACCCUAAAUUCUUUUAGGUAUUGUAGAAAUGUCACAAAAGGUAAUUGGGUGGUGUGUACGAUGUAGCUUGUCAACUUACAUUUUUAAUUGACAGAUCUUUAAUUUAAUAGUUAUAUAUUUAUAAUAUUGUUAGGAAGAUUAUGAUGUAAAUAUGUGCCUGAAGAGUCAAAACUGGUUAGCUGCUUACAAAUUAGACAAGAAGAAAGGGUUUUUGAGAAUUCGGACUGCAGAAAAAUUUGUACAAUGUUUAACAAGUUGAUACUGAUUUAAUUAUUCUAAAGAAUACUCAAUGUAAGCCAGUGUGCUACGUAAAUAUAAUGAAAAGCAUGGGGGAAAAAGACAGGUUUCCUUACCAUUGUUUAUUUUCAGUUCCUUUAAACAUUUGCAGAUGAAUAGCUAGCCAUUUCAUUACUAACAUAAUGUUUCUGGUAUUGGUUGCAAACAUAAUAUGUAAAUAUGGUUACCAGUCGAUAAGUUUCGGCAGGUGGGCUAGAGUAAAAGGAAAGGUAGGUCAGGUUCUAAGCCCCACAAAAAGGUAGAUUGUGCAGAGCGUAAAAUAAAGGGUGCUUGUUACAUUUUUAUUUCUGAAGGUUAGUAAAUUUUCAUGCCUAAUAUCCCAGUACCUAUGGUGAUUGUUAUUGUGAAUUAAGAGUAGUUCAGUUUUCCAAAACAUCCUAGUUUGCAUAAAAAAAAAAAUCUCCUUUUCAUUGAUUGCUGUUGUUAUGGUGGUAGUGGUUUCAAAUUACACUAAGAUCUCGAUUUUAAUCUUAACAACAGAUGGAAAUAAAUCUUAUGGUUUAAAGAAC